AUGGGCUCUGAGUCUUGUUCGUUUUGCUCAAGAGACGACCCCGGCAAAACGCUAUGGGUGCAAUGCGAACUGUGCGACCAAUGGGAUCAUGUUACAUGCGUACCGAUGAAAUACCUUCACAACAUUACCGGUGAACCUUGUACCACGUAUCCGAAAUCUUCGGCACAAAUUGUGCGCUACAAUUGUCUUAAACACAGUGACUCAGUUUUGGAAACUAAAGGUGCCAAUAAGAAACGAAAAGUUGACACAUUUGUCGAUAAGCCAAAUGACAUAGAACCCAAACGAUAUGGAUUGCGCAGAAAGAAACAAAUAGACUACAUCUCUUUGAAUGAAGGAGAACUCAAAAGAUCCAAAAAUGAACACCCGCAUCUAAGUCCUUUUUUGGCAUGCUUUAAUCGCUGGGAAAAUACCACUAACGUCAUCACAGUCUCGGAGCUGGAACAGCAAUUUGACUCCAUUAGAAAACCGCUUAAAGUCUUGGAUCCUGAAAACUCGGGUAUGCAAGUACCCAAUGGGCCUGACGGUGGAAUUUUAACCGUUGAUGCCGUAACUCAAUAUCUGGGGAACCAGUACAGAGUGGACGUUAUGGACGUGCAAUCCCAACAAAACUCCAAUUGGACUAUGGAACAAUGGAACAAUUAUUUCACAAAUGGUACUAUCAAUACACGCGAUCGCAUCCGCAAUGUGAUCUCUUUGGAAGUCUCACACGUUGAGAGAUUCAAAACCGAGCUGCAACGACCCAAUGUGGUAGAAACGAAAGAUCUCGUGAACUGCGUGUGGGACGCCAUUCCAGACGACUCCAAAAGACCAAAAGUGACUAAAUAUGUGUUGAUGUCGGUCGAAAAUGCCUUUACAGACUUCCAUUUGGAUUUUGCCGGCACAUCGGUCUACUACAAAGUUGUAUCUGGAGGCAAGAAGUUCAUUUUAUUCCCACCAACCCUUCAUAACCUCGAGCGCUACACUAAAUGGUGCGACAGUGACCAGCAGAACCUCAUUUUCCUCGGAGACGAGCUUGAGGACGGCGUGGCGAUGGAAUUGUUUUCGGGCGACCUUUUCAUGAUUCCUUGUGGCUACAUACACGCGGUUUACACACCAAAAGACUCGCUGGUCAUCGGAGGCAAUUUUCUGACGCUACGAGAUCUCGAGACGCAACUUCAAAUAGUGGAAAUCGAGCGUGUCACCAAAGUUCCCAAAAAAUUCACAUUUCCACAAUUUGACAUUGUGAUGGGCAAAACUUCAGAGUGUAUUUUAUCGAGCAAAGAAACCUCAUUCAAGACUCUACCGCCACGCCAGCUGAAUACUCUUCUGUCCUAUCUCAGAGAUCCUAGGUCCAAAUAUAAACCUGUCAACUUUUCAAGCAAAAAAGAGCUUGUAAAACAGCUCACAAAAGAGCUACAACAACGAGAGAAAGAGCAAACAUGA